AUACACACGAAAGCAAGCCUGCAAAAACAACCGAGAGGAGAAAAAAUGGCUCCCUGUUUUAGAGCACUAGUCAUAGCAAUAACAUCGCUGUUGAUGAUAUCUUCAGUGAUCAGGUCUUCCGAUGCUGCUGGAAUUGCCACCUACUGGGGCCAAAACACUGACGAAGGAAGCCUGGAAGACGCAUGCCGGAGAGGUACCUAUGACUACGUGAAUCUUGCCUUUCUGAUAAAUUAUGGCAAUGGCCAGACACCAGAAUUGAACUUAGCUGGGCAUUGUGAGCGAAGCGCUUGCUCCUCGCUUAGUUCUGAGAUAAAAGCUUGCCAGAAACGAGGCAUCCAAGUGCUUCUUUCUCUCGGUGGAGCUCCAAACCUUUCUUCACGCGAUGAUGCUAAGGAAGUCGCGUCCUAUCUCUAUAAUAAUUUCCUUGGCGGUGAAUCACAAAAUCGUCCAUUAGGCGAUGCUGUCUUAGACGGUAUAGACUUUCAUAUCCAAGGUGGAAGUAGGGAUUUCUUGGAUGAUCUCGCCAAGGCGCUCUCAGAAUAUAGAACAACAGAGAGAAGGGUGCACUUAUCUGCAGCACCACAAUGUUUCUAUCCUGACUAUUAUCUUGACGCUGCCAUCAGAACUGGCCUCUUUGAUUAUGUGUGGGUGCAAUUUUACAACAAUCCGCCUUGUCAGUAUAGUAUGGGCAAUGCCAACAACCUCAUCAACAGUUGGAGCUCUCAUUGGGCUUCACAUCCAGGAGUUAACAAACUAUUCCUGGGAUUACCUGCAUCCCCUGAAGCCGCUCCUUCUGGCGGUUACAUUCCACAUCGGAUUCUUAUUCGUGAAGUUCUUCCCCAAAUCCAGGACUAUCCCAACUAUGGAGGCGUCAUGCUUUGGAACGUAUACUAUGACGAGAAUUAUAGUCAGGCAAUCAGGCCUUAUGUUAACCCUGAAACUCUGACUUUUGAUCGCAGGUCCACGAUUAAGUACCCAAGAAAGUCCAUGAUAAAGUCUUUUGUGGAUGAGUAAGUUCCUCUCAUUAUCUUAUGAGAGAUGAAAUAAGUAUAAUAUAAUCCCGGUGGUUUGAGCCAGAGAUAAUGUUAAUAAAUAAGUUCCUCUCAUUAUCCUGUGAGAGAUGAAAUGUAAUCCGGGUUGCUUUUGCAA